GGUUCGUUGACAGCUGCUGUGUGUAACGGAAGACAUUUUGAGCUGCCGCCGUCGGUCCAGUUAGUUAGUGGACCAUUAGCUUCGGUUCGGGAGUGACGUGCUGAAAAUUCGGCGAACAAGAGAUCGACUGGGACAACAGUGUUUAAUCGGCGGAUGUGUAGUCAGUUACAAAGAUAGUGAAGUCCUGGAUGCUAGUUGGUUAGCGUCACCUAGCCGGCCUCCUCUUCCUCCUCCUCCUCGGCAACCUGUCCCUUCUGUCAGAUACAAUGGCUUUAAAACGAAUUUCUAAGGAGCUAACUGACCUGUCCAGAGAUCCUCCGGCCCAGUGUUCUGCCGGGCCCGUGGGUGAAGACAUGUUUCACUGGCAAGCUACAAUUAUGGGUCCGCCUGACAGUCCGUAUCAGGGCGGCGUGUUUUUCCUCACUAUACAUUUCCCGACAGAUUAUCCCUUCAAACCGCCCAAGGUCGCCUUCACAACCAGAAUCUAUCACCCAAAUAUUAACAGUAACGGCAGCAUCUGCCUGGAUAUUCUGAGAUCUCAGUGGUCCCCGGCGUUAACCAUCUCUAAAGUCCUUUUGUCCAUUUGUUCUCUGUUAUGUGACCCGAACCCAGACGACCCGUUAGUGCCAGAGAUCGCCCGCAUCUAUAAAACAGACCCCGUCAGGUACAACAAGACGGCUCAGGACUGGACUCAGAAGUACGCCAUGUGAUGCGCCACCUGCUGAAACGACCCUUUUAAAUUAAGCCACGCCCCCUCUCAUCUCACCUGCAGUCCGUUCACAUUCAUCUUCACCUUUGAUGAUUUUAAACUGCGUUUGUCUGCUGGUAACCCGAGCAAGUGCGGCGCCACGGACUCACCUGGCAGGUGACCCGGCAGGCGGGGGUGUGCUCAUCGGUGCAUGUCAGUGAUUGGUUCAUGUUUUUUUUUUUUUUAAGUUUCUUCAGUUCGUAGCUUUUUGUUUAGUUCUCAGACCAGAGCCGACAGUUCAUCCAUCACCCGACCCGACCUCCUGUUUUUGCACUGGAAACCCGAACCGACCCCCCCCCCCCCCCCCCCCG